AUGCCCGGAAUAAUCAUUGACAGAUAUGAUCACGUUCCUGUGACCAAGGAGAAUUUGGAUUGGGCGGAGCUAGUCACCCUCGACUUGAGCAAGUAUGAGCAGCCUGGUGGCAAGGAAGAGCUUGUUAAACAACUAGAGCAUGCUGUGCAACAUGUUGGAUUUUUCUAUGUGAAGAACUUCAACAUCAGCCAAGAAGAUGUUGACCGGCAAUUCGCUCUAGGUCGCGAGUUUUACGCCUUGCCGCUUGAAGAGAAGCUCAAGUAUCAUAACGCGGAUGACCUCGUAAGGGGCGAGUACAAUGGAUAUCGACCUGCCGGUCAUCGCAUCCUCGGAAAUGGAGUCAAGGAUAAUGUCCAGGUUUACAAUAUCCCCAAGUUCGAUGGUUAUCAUGAGAGGCAGCAGCCCCUGGUGCUUUCGGAAAACAUUGCUGAGAUUGAGGCUUUCAGUCGUAAAUGUCACACUGAAGUUGUGGAAAAGCUACUCCGCCUCUUUGCCAUCCUCCUCGAACUACCAGACGAGGACCAACUAGUUCGCGACCACCAGUACGAUGUCAAGGGCGAGGACCAUCUCCGCUACAUGCAUUAUGCAGCCCGUAAUGCAGAAGAAAACGAGAAAGUUGGCGGUCUUUACAGCCCUGGACACACUGAUUUAGGUUCAAUCACACUUCUGUUCCGCCAACCCGUUGCUGCCCUGCAGAUUCUCAACUCGGACGGUGAAUGGAAGUGGGUGCGCCCAGAAGAUGGAACUAUUACUAUCAACACCUGCGAUGCUCUCACGGCUCUCACUGGUGGAUUGAUCAAGUCCAGUGUUCACCGUGUGCACACUCCGCCCGCGGACCAGGCACAUGUCGAUCGGCUGGGAGUUCUAUACUUUGCCCGCCCUAAUAACCAUGUUGUCCUGGACCCGAUCAAGAACAGCCCGCUGUUGAAUCGACUGGGUCUGACGCAAAAUGUGUUCACUGAGAUAGGGCAGCAUCUCACGACAGAGCAGUGGGUUAAGGUCCGACAAAGCCAGCAACAACGGCGCCACAAGGAUGUCAAGGUCUCGAAAGAUGGGAAGUACACAUAUGGAGAGAAGGCUCUCGAGAUUAUUCCGGGUCUUGAAGCCAAGAUAUACAAUUAA